AGCUUUCUUUCUUGUGCAGAAAGAAGAGCAUCUCCUUCAGUUUUAUUUUUCCCCCAAACAAAAAAAAAAAAGUGAGAAAAAUCAAAACUAGAGAGAGAAAGCUAGAGAGAGAUGGAUCCGAAAACCACAGAGUUGUCGCAAACCUUCGAGCGUUUCAAAGCGGCGAUUGUGAGGAAGGAUUUUGGUACUUGUACCAACCUCCUCUCGCAGCUCAAGGUUUCAUUGACAGGGUACAAAAGUCUACCUCCAUUAUUUGAGAAAACACCGAAUGCCAUCCAUGAACUGACACUAGCAAGGGACAUUUACGAGCAUGCAGUUAUCCUAAGUGUAAAGACUGAGGAUCAGGAUGCUUUCGAGAGGGACUUUUUCCAACUGAAGCCUUAUUACACUGAUGCUCGUGGUCUCACACCAUCCUCUCAGGAGUAUCCUAUCUUAGGCCUCAACCUUCUGCGACUCCUCGUGCAAAACAGAAUCGCCGAGUUCCACACUGAGUUGGAAUUACUUUCUCCCACUGCUUUGGAGAACCCUUGCAUAAAGCAUGCUGUUGUAUUGGAGCAAUCCUUCAUGGAAGGAGCUUAUAACCGUGUUUUGACUGCCAGGCAGACAGUACCCCACGAGACAUAUGUCUAUUUCAUGGACUUACUAGCCAAGACAGUCAGGGAUGAGAUAGCUGGAUGCAGCGAAAAGGCUUACGAUCGGCUUUCAACAAGUGAUGCCCUGAAAAUGCUGCUAUUUUCUUCAGAGAAAGAGUUGCUCGAAUAUAUUAAGGAGGAGCAUCCCGAGUGGGAAAUAAAAAAUGGAUUUGUGGUGUUUCAAAGAGCCAAAGAAUCUAUCACUUGCAAGGAGAUUCCAUCUUUGGAGCUGAUCAACCAAACACUCGGUUAUGCUAGGGAAUUGGAGCGGAUCGUGUGAGGAAUUUAUUGCUUUGUUGAAUUUCGUUUUGUAUUUUCUGUCCAAUUUAUGUACUUUUUAUCUGGUUGAGAACAUACUUGUCAGUGAUGAACGAUUUAUUGACUCGUUAUUGACUCGAGAAGUGAGCUUGAACGGGUUCAUCGGUUUGGAAACUAUUUUUGGUUGAAUCUAAUUGGUACCGAAGCCAAUAUUCGUAAGGAGAAGUUCUAAAUUGAAUAUUAAUGCCGUUUUUCUUA